AUGCCUUCGGCUGGCGAUAUUAUUUCUUCCAGUACAUCCAAACUGGAGGGUCUUCAUAUCAACCCUUCUCUCUUCAAGACAUCCACAUUGGUUCAAACUAUUGUUGGGUUAAUUAUCAGUUCUGUCGUGAUUGCCUCUGUGGUAGCCACAGUCAUUCUCGUCUCAGUUGGCGUUGGUUAUCAAGCUCCAAAUCCCAAGCCAGACUUUGCAGAGACGUUCAAACAUCAACCAAUUAUCAUUAACGUUUUAUUGAAUGAUUUUGAUCCCCGUGGUGGUAACUUGACAGUUAGUUCCAUCAAAACCUUGCCAUUGAAUGGUACUGUGGAAAUUGUCUCUUCGAGUAGUGUGCUCUAUCAAUCGAAUGGAACUUUUAGUGGAAAUGAUUCCUUUGUAUAUGUGGUUUCGAAUGGAUAUUUGCAAGCUGAAGCAUUGGUGAUGGUUCAUGUAUUGAAUCGACCACCUCAUGCCAUUCCUUUAGAAUUCCAAGUGGAGAAGAAUUCCAAACCAGUGGAUUUGAAUUUCUUGACAUAUGUGAAUGACAAUGGAGGUUCCAUGUUUGAUUUGGACUCGUUUGAUGUUUUGACUGUGAGUGAUGUUUCUGGUGGUGUUUUGAUCCCUUCAGACACUAUGAAAAACACUUCGAGUAACAUUCUCAAAUUGGGAAGUGUCAAACUUCUUUCGUAUGGUAUUUCCUACUCUCCAACCAAAUACUUUAUUGGAACUGAAAGUUAUAACUAUACUGUGAGUGAUGGAGUGGAAUUCUCAUCGAGUGUUGUGAAAAUUGUCGUUACAAAUGGAGCUCCAGUGGCCAAAGAUGAUGCUUACUAUGUUCCAAAAUAUUCUCAAGCGACUUUAAAUGUUCUUCUCAAUGAUUAUGAUCCCAAUGAAGAUGACAUUACCAUUGAUUCUAUCAAUUCUGUGGGUGUUGCCAGUGCCACAGUGGAUCAACCUGACAAGAAAACUAUCACUUACUUGACUUCAAGUACUGUCUCAACUUCGUAUUCAGAUAGUUUUGAAUAUGUCAUUAGUGAUGGUGAAAAGGCAGCAAGUGCUGUGGUGUUCAUUAAGGUGUUUAACACUCCUCCUUUAGUGAAUGACUUUUCAACCAUUGUGAAAAAGAAUUCAAUGAAUAAUUUCAUUCCAAUUAAUUAUACAGAGAGUGAUAUUUUGGACACAGUGACAAUGAGUUCCAUCACUCCAUCUCCUUCCAUAGUUGGUUCUUCUUUGAUUAAUUCAAAAACAUCUUCAAUUGUGAGAGCUCCAUGUUGUGAUUGGAGAACUGUGGUGAGAAAUGAUUAUUCCAUUCAAUUCAAUCCAUUACCAAAUCAAAUCUAUACUCAAAGUUUUCAAAUUGUAAUGGAAGAUGGUGAAAGCAAAUCUCGAAUGGCCACUUAUUCCAUUCAAGUAGUGAAUGAUCCUCCUACUGCAAAUCCAGAUGAAACUUAUUGCAUCAAAAAUUCAUUCACUAUCAUCAAUGUUGUUUCCAAUGACGUGGAUGUCAAUCCAGGUGAUACUUCUAAAAUUCGAUUGAGUACUGGAUGGACCAAAACUUCAUCCAAUGGUGGAAGCUUAAUUCCACUCAAUGCCACUCACGUUCAAUACACUGCACCUCUUGGAUUCAUUGGUGAUGAUGUCAUUUCCUAUGAAAUUACUGAUCAAACAUUGAAUCAAACAACUGGUCAAUGGGAUGCUUCCAGUUUUGCCAUUGGUACUCUCUUGGUUCAUGUCGUUCCUGAAAAUUACACCAAUCAACCACCUACUUGUUCAGGUGGAAUUUCACAAACCUUAACGAAGGGAUCUUCCUAUGAUUUCAAAUCCAAAAUGGCUGCUGUGAGUGCCUUGUCAAGUGUUGGAAACAUUACAGGAAGCACCACUUUUACAGCUGCUCUCAAAAAUAGUGGAACCAAGGUUGCUGCGUUCAUUGUGAGUGAUAUUUAUGGAUUAACUGCUCAAUGUCCACUCACUGUGACAGUCACAAAUACUGCACCUAUUUCUCAAAAUGCAAACUAUUCAUUUGUCAUUUCACAAAGUAGUUUCGUUCACACCAUGAGUUAUGUGGCAGAUGGUUAUGCAUCAGAUGCAGAUCCUCAAGAUGUGUUGACAUUGAGUCUUGUCGAUGCUUCCAAUUGUUUGAAUACCAUUGCUUCGAGUGUGACUAUUUCAGGAAAUGUCAUUUCUCUCACAAGAAAGGUUCCUUCAGGUUCAUGUAAACUUACUGUCAAAGUGACAGAUGACGAUGGCACCAAUCCACUCAGUUCAAACAAUGCCUUAAUUACCAUCAAUCUCUCUCUCUAA